AAAGUAGCAAGAAAGUUGACCGCCGAGACUGAUCGCAGAUAGUCACAGAAAAAGAAAGUAAGAGAAAGGCUGAAAACAGUUUGAACAAAUAGGGUCAGUUUACUUAAACAAGUGCCAGAUGUCAGCUUUUUUCAGCGAGCCAUAGCAUGGAGACUUAAUGGUUACACAAAACUGGGAUCUUGCUUGGACCGGAUAACAGGAUUGUUAACCAGACAUGUAUGAGUUUCUCUUGAGUGCCAUCAGCUGUCUUUUUAUCUUUCAGGGAGGUGUUUUUUCUGAAGAAUGCAGUCAGGGUGUUAUUGGGAAACGUAUGGCAUUGUUCGCACCUGCAGGGAGCAGUUUGUCUCUGUUCUGUGUUGUCCAACACUGUGGAGGACAAUGGACAGGCAACUGGAUAUGGGAAAACCAAACAGAUUCAACCAGUGCCGCUGUUACCAACAGUGCAAGGCAUGAUGUCACCAGUGUCACACUCGAUGUCAAUAAAACCAAACUAGAUUUAAAGAUUGGGAAUGUCGUCCAGUCAGAUGAAGGUUCUUACAGAUGCAAUGUGAAAUGGAGUGAUGGAAGCAGUGAUGUAAGCCACUGGAUGCAAGUGAACGUCACAAAAGGUGUUGCCUUUCAGAGAACGUUAUUGCACAGGGCUUUGGUCUGCACUUGUGCCUUCCUUUGUCUUCCUGUCAUUCUGGGAUUGGCUCGCUGCCUGAGUUCAAAGGUCAAGCCGCAGCCAGAUCCCAGGGCAGAAGUCUUACAUGCAGCUGAACGCAGAGAUAGCUCACAUGAGCCUCCACAGCCUCCACCCCGACGCCCGGUACCAAAGAAACGCACUGCUCCUCCUCAAAAAGCUCCCCAAACAUCCCAGCAAAAGCCCGAGUUGUUGUAUGCAGACAUUUCUCAGGAUGCCCUAAGGAAUCAAAGGGAUGUGAGAGGGCCGAUUAAUCCCACCAUCUACUCAUCGGUCAGGUUUUCCUGAUAACAGAAGAUGAAAGAUGGAGAUAUGUAACUGUCUGAAUUUCUUAAAAAUCUGUGGAAUAUCGUAUUAAUUUGGGCCUUUAGCUAUCUAUUUUAACAGCACUUGUUCCAUGCUGGAAAGAUCCUGUGACACACAACUUUGAUUUGGUCGUGUGUUUAGGAUCAUUGUUCUAUUCAAACACCUAAUUAUGUACAAGUUUCAACUCUCCAGCAGUUAAAUUGAGGUAAAGCUGAAGAACUUGGAGGUAGUCCCUGAUUUCUAUUAUUUCACCAACUUUGUGCAAUCUGCACUGAUGGAAAAACAGACCCUCAACAUGGCACUGCCACCUCCAUGCUUGACACCUGGUACAAUGCUAUUAGGUCAAAGCCCUCGCCUAGACUCUUUUGAAAGCUCAUCUUAACAUUAUGUCCAAAUAAUCAGUCCAUGUUGAUGUUAUACUUGUUUUUCUGUGGACAGUGACUCUGGUGUUUUGACAUUUUCUUGAUAUCCAUCUUUAUGAUCGUCUUGGUGAUUCCUGGGUUGCUGCUGAACUUAACCGUUUUCUUUUCAUCUAAGGGUAAAAGUGUGGGUUAUGUAGUUAAAAUUUCAAAACAGUUAGGUGUUCCAACAGGGCUGGGAUCUCAAUCUCAUAUUAAAACCGUUUUUGAUAUGAAUAAAUUAUUCUGACACUAUGCUUUCAUUAAUGGCUUGCCCAAAGGCAUAACCUCAACUCUAUUAAAAAUGUGCGACCUAUAUUAAAAAGUCCGUGGCAGGAAACCAAUGAGUUUGAAUUGAACUUUAUUAAUACUAAUAAGAAAAGUGAGGUGCAAGCUCUUACAGGACAUUUUAUGCAAUAUCAGCUGGAGUAUACACAUUUAUUGGAGCCUGUAUGUACAAUUCUGACUUUGUGUGGAUUAGAGAAAAUCCAGAAUAUGUUCAAUACAAAAACCAUGGAGGAUUUUCAAUACAGUCUUAAAGCCCUUGCAAUAACAUUUAAAUGUUUUUUAUGUCCCGUGUUUUAUAGAUUAAACCUUUUGAUGAA